AUCCCCAGGACCCUCUCCAGGGCCAUUCAUAAACAGAAGGAACCUAGGUCCCCCUGGCCAGGGACCUUUGCAACCACUACUCUGGGUGCAUUUGGAGGUCCAAGUGUCACUUUAUGCACUCAACGAGGUCUAGAAGUCUAGAGGGCAUCAGGGUGCAGAGUCCAGCCAGAGGAUCGGCAGAGGGCAACCAGGAUGGCCUGGACUGACCGGGGCCCUGGAAUACUUGGCUUGCCACUGCUGCUCUGCGGGCUUUGCUUAUGUGCUGCUCAAAGAGGUCCUCCCGGUGAGCAGGGGCCCCCAGGGCCUCCUGGGCCUCCUGGAGUUCCGGGCAUAGAUGGCAUUGAUGGUGACCGAGGUCCGAAGGGUCCCGUGGGCCCUCCGGGUCCUCCUGGAGAUCCGGGCAAACCAGGAGCACCGGGCAAGCCAGGCACACCAGGCGCUGAUGGAUUAACCGGACCUGAUGGGUCCCCUGGCUCCGUUGGACCAAGGGGACAAAAAGGAGAACCUGGUGUGCCUGGGUCUCGUGGAUUUCCAGGCCGUGGCAUUCCAGGACCCCCUGGUCCUCCUGGAACCACAGGACUUCCUGGAGAACUUGGCCGUGUAGGACCUAGUGGUGACCCUGGGAAAAGAGGACCACCUGGCCCACCUGGACCCCCAGGACCCAGUGGAACAAUUGGAUUUCAUGAUGGAGACCCAUUGUGCCCCAAUUCCUGCCCACCAGGUCGCUCUGGAUAUCCAGGCAUACCAGGCAUGAGGGGUCAUAAAGGGGCAAAAGGAGAAAUUGGUGAACCAGGAAGACAAGGACACAAGGGUGAAGAAGGUGACCAGGGAGAAUUGGGAGAAGUUGGAGCUCAAGGACCCCCAGGAGCUCAAGGUCUGAGAGGCAUCACGGGAACAGUUGGAGACAAAGGAGAAAAAGGUGCUCGGGGAUUAGAUGGAGAGCCUGGGCCUCAGGGCAUUCCAGGGGCAGCUGGUGAUCAAGGACAGCGAGGCCCCCCAGGAGAAGCCGGUCCCAAGGGAGACAAAGGUGCUCAAGGUUCCCGAGGAAUUCCUGGAUCCCCUGGGCCCAAAGGAGACACGGGCUUGCCAGGUGUAGAUGGUCGCGACGGAAUACCCGGAAUGCCAGGGACAAAGGGUGAAGCAGGAAAGCCUGGACCUCCUGGUGAUGUGGGGUUGCAGGGGUUGCCGGGUGUACCUGGGAUUCCUGGUGCAAAAGGUGUUGCUGGUGAAAAGGGUAACACAGGUGCUCCGGGGAAGCCUGGCCAGUUGGGAAGUCCAGGAAAACCAGGCCAGCAAGGGCCUCCAGGAGAGGUGGGGCCUCGAGGCCCCAGGGGCCUCCCUGGCAGUAGAGGGGAAGCAGGACCAGACGGGUCCCCAGGCAUACCAGGUAAACUGGGACCUCUUGGUAGCCCUGGCCUCCCUGGCCUGCCUGGCCCCCCUGGGCUUCCUGGAAUGAAAGGCGAUAGGGGUGUGUUUGGCGAACCAGGUCCCAAGGGUGAACAGGGUGCUUCUGGAGAAGAAGGCGAAGCAGGGGCAAGGGGUGAUCUUGGAGAUAUGGGAUUACCUGGCCCAAAGGGAUCUGUUGGUAACCCCGGGGAACCUGGCCUGAGGGGCCCUGAAGGAGUCAGAGGGCUUCCUGGCAUAGAAGGACCUAGAGGACCGCCUGGACCCCGGGGCGUGCAGGGCGAUCAGGGUGCCACUGGGCUGCCUGGUAUCCAGGGCCCUCCGGGCAGAGCACCAACAGACCAGCACAUCAAGCAGGUUUGCAUGAGAGUUAUACAAGAGCAUUUUGCUGAAAUGGCUGCUAGCCUCAAGAGACCAGAUGCAGGAGCCUCCGGUCUUCCUGGGAGGCCUGGGCCCCCUGGGCCUCCGGGUCCCCCUGGAGAGCAUGGUUUCCCGGGGCAGAUGGGAAUUCGUGGUCUCCCAGGCAUUAAGGGCCCCCCUGGUGCUCUUGGCUUAAGAGGACCUAAAGGUGACUUGGGAGAAAAAGGAGAACGUGGCCCUCCAGGAAGAGGUCCCAAGGGUUUGCCUGGAGCCAUUGGUCUUCCAGGUGAUCCAGGCCCUGCCAGCUAUGGGAAAAACGGCCGAGAUGGAGAGCAAGGUCCCCCAGGAGUGGCAGGAAUUCCUGGUGUGCCUGGACCUCCAGGUCCUCCAGGCCCUCCUGGUUUCUGUGAGCCAGCCUCUUGCACCCUGCAGUCUGGUCAACGAGCAUUUAGCAAAGGACCUGAGAAGUGAAAGCCCCUUUACAUAAAUCGUGCCCGGUAGAGGA